AUGCUGAUAAGAGAAUUGGCGGCCGUGUGGGUCGCCGUCCUCUUGUGCCAUCUUCAGCUAACGGAGUCUCAGAUUCCAGCCACGAAUGUCUUCACCUGUCCGAACGGAUGGGAACUGAGAGGCAUACACUGCUACAAAUUCUUCAACAUCAGGCACUCUUGGGAAAAGGCGGCAGAACUAUGCAGAAGGUACGGCAGCGAGCUGAUGGUGGUGGAGUCGUACAGCGAGAACAACAUGUCCGCGAGCAUGAUCGGCCGGCAUUUGGAUCGUUAUUGGCUGGGUCUGGCGUCCCUCGACGAUCUCCGGACCAACACGCUCGAAUCGGCAGCUGGAAUGCUCGUCUCCCAAUACGCAGGUUUCUGGGCGUCGAAGCAACCGAAUCCGCAAUCAGGUGAAUGCGUGGACGUCGCCUUGAUGGAUGACCGACAAACGUGGGAGCUGACCACGUGCGAGUCGUUGCUUCCUUUCAUGUGCAGGGCGAACGCUUGUCCCGCGGGUUCGUUUCAUUGUUCGAACGGCAAGUGCGUGAACGCGGCGUUCAGGUGCGACAAACAGGAUGACUGCGGCGAUUAUUCGGACGAGAUAGACUGCCCGGCGAACUGCCAGUUUUACAUGGCGAGCAGCGGCGACGUGGUCGAGAGUCCCAAUUAUCCCCACAAAUAUGCACCCCUCAGCAACUGUAAGUGGACCCUAGAGGGGCCCCAAGGCCACAACAUCCUCCUGCAGUUUCAAGAAUUCGAAACGGAGAAGAGUUUCGACAUAGUGCAGAUCCUGGUGGGCGGCAGAACCGAGGAGAAGUCCGUGAAUCUCGCGACCCUAUCCGGGAAGCAGGAGCUCAGCAACAAGCUGUUCGUAUCGGCGUCGAACUUUAUGAUCAUUAAAUUCAGCACCGACUCCUCGGUGGAGAGGAAAGGUUUCCGCGCUUCUUGGAAGACCGAGCCGCAAACCUGCGGCGGAGUUCUACGAGCUACGCCCCAAGGACAAGUGCUUACAUCACCAGGAUAUCCGCAGAACUAUCCGGGAGGUUUGGAAUGCCUGUACAUCCUACAGGCUCAGCCGGGUCGCAUCAUGUCGUUGGAGAUCGAGGAUCUGGAUCUCGAGAUGAAUCGUGACUACAUCUUGAUAAGAGACGGCGACUCGCCGAUGAGCAGGCCCAUCGAACGGUUAACUGGAAAGUCGGAAGACAACCCGGCGGUGAUAAUGUCUACCGGGAACAACUUGUACCUGUACUUUAAAACCAGCCUCGGCGAUUCCAGACGCGGCUUCAGCAUUCGUUACACGCAGGGCUGCAAAGCCACGAUCAUCGCGAGAAACGGAACGGUGCAGUCGCCAUCGUUCGGCCUGAACGAUUACCCUAACAACCAGGAGUGCAUGUACAGGGUGAAGAAUCCGCAAGGGAGGCCGUUGUCCUUGAAAUUCGUUAACUUCAACGUCCACAAAACUGACUUCGUUCAGAUCUACGAUGGUUCCAACACUAACGGGCUCCGUUUGCACCCUGGGAAUGGAUUCACGUCCAACACUAGGCCAAAGAUUACGCUCACCGCCGAGAGCGGAGAGAUGCUCGUCCGAUUCACCUCCGACGCCUUGCAUAGUAGUCCCGGUUGGCAAGCAGAAUUCUCAGCAGACUGUCCGUAUCUUCAGUCCGGCGAAGGUGCCCUAGCUUCCAGCAGGGACACUGCGUUCGGUACACAGGUGACGUUCUCCUGCCCCCUGGGGCAGGAAUUCGCGACUGGGAAGCCGAAAAUUACCACGGAGUGUCUGCCAGGUGGCAACUGGUCCGUCACGUACAUUCCCAAGUGCCAAGAAGUCUACUGCGGACCCGUGCCCCAAAUAGACAAUGGCUUCUCGAUUGGAUCAUCCAACGUCACGUACAAGGGUCUGGCCACAUAUCAGUGUUACGCUGGAUUCGCGUUUCCGACUGGUCGUCCUACCGAGAAGAUUUCGUGCAUGGCAGAUGGAAGAUGGGAGAAAAAACCCUCUUGCCUGGCAUCUCAAUGUUCCCCGCUUCCGGAGGCCCCCCACUCGAACAUUACUAUUCUGAACGGAGGCGGUCGCAGUUACGGAACGAUUGUUAGGUUCGAAUGCGAGCCAGGAUACGUCAGAAGCGGACAUCCCGUGAUUCUCUGCAUGAGCAACGGAACAUGGUCCGACGAGGUGCCAACGUGUUCUCGAGCGAAAUGCCCAUUACUGCCUACGAUCAAGAAUGGUUUCGUCGUCGAUUCAACCAGGGACUACUUGUACGGCGACGAUGCCAGGGUGCAAUGCAACAGGGGCUAUAAGCUUUCUGGGUCCAACAUCAUACAGUGUGGGCCCGAUCAGAGAUUCGAUAACGUUCCAACCUGCGAAGAUAUAAACGAGUGUGCGUCGAGUCAGUGCGACUUGGCUUCCACCGAGUGCAUAAACAACGCUGGUGCAUUCACCUGCAAGUGCAAGCCAGGUUUCGCUCCUACUAUGGAGUGCAGGCCUAUAGGCGAUCUUGGGCUUAUUAAUGGAGGUAUCCCCGAUGAGUCAAUUACCGUUUCAAGCUCUGAGAAUGGAUACGCCAGGACUGGUGUCCGUCUGAACAACGGCGAUGGCUGGUGCGGUAAUAACAUCGAACCCGGGACGAACUGGGUGAUGAUCGACAUGAAAGCACCAACGAUCAUUCGUGGUUUCCGAACGCAAGGCGUUGCGAGAGUAGAUGGCAAUAUAGCGUACACUUCAGCAGUCCGAAUUCAAUACACGGACGACUUGACAGACACCUUCAAAGACUACACGAAUCCUGACGGUACUCCGGUAGAGUUCAGGAUACAGGCGCCUAUUCUUUCCGUCUUGAAUCUGCCAGUGUCCAUCGAAGCACGCUUCAUAAGGUUCAGGAUACAGGACUACGUCGGCGCGCCUUGCAUGAAGCUCGAAAUAAUGGGAUGUACUCGCCUGGAGUGCACCGACAUCAACGAGUGCGCCAUCAACAAUGGCGGCUGCCACCAAAAGUGCAUCAACAACCCUGGCAGCUACGCCUGCAUGUGCAACACGGGUUUCGAGUUGUACAAGAGCAACGGGACAGCCGGAUUUAACAUCGAAAAGUACGAAACUGGCGAUAGAGAUGGUGAUUUGUAUCAGAAGAACAAGACUUGCGUGCCGGUUAUGUGUCCAUCCAUAUCGGUGCCGGAAAAUGGCAAACUCUUGUCGACUAAGCAACAGCAUCACUUUGGCGACCUAGUCAAAUUUCAAUGUAAUUUUGGUUACGUGUUGUCCGGUUCCUCGGCUGUCGUGUGUACUUCUAGUGGAGCUUGGAAUGGAACCACACCAGAGUGUCAGUAUGCAAAGUGUGUGUCUCUACCAGACGACAAAAACGAGGGUCUGUCGGUGCUCCGUACCGACGAAGCAAGUGUCCUGGUACCCUUCAAGCAAAACGUCACGCUGAAGUGCGGCAGUAAUGGACGAUAUCUGAGGAACACAGCCACUUCAGGCUUCCGUCAAUGCGUCUACGAUCCGAAACCUGGUUUACCAGAAUACUGGCUCUCGGGAUCGCAGCCAGCCUGUCCUCGAGCUGACUGUGGAAAGCCUUUGCCUACUCCUGGGGCCGAGUACGGCCAGUAUCUCGAUACCAAAUACCAGUCAUCAUUCUACUUCGGUUGUCAAGACACGUUCAAACUGGCUGGUCAAACGAAUCAUCACGAUAACGUCGUCAGGUGUCAAGCGAAUGGUAUUUGGGACUUUGGCAAUCUACGAUGCGAAGGUCCCGUUUGCGAAGACCCUGGUCGACCAAGCGACGGCUACCAAGUAGCCAGGAGCUACGAGCAAGGAUCCGAGGUUCAGUUCGGCUGCAGCAGACCAGGAUACAUCCUCAUUAAUCCAAGGCCUAUCGUCUGCGUCCGGGAGCCAGAAUGCAAAGUCGUGAAACCUCUAGGAUUAGCCUCCGGGCGCAUACCAGACUCUGCCAUCAACGCCACCUCUGAGAAACCAAACUAUGAAGCGAAAAACGUUCGCCUGAACUCGGUGACAGGCUGGUGCGGCAAGCAGGAGGCGUUCACUUAUGUUAGCGUCGAUUUGGGCCAGGUAUUCAGAGUGAAGGCGAUCUUGGUUAAAGGCGUGGUGACGAACGACAUCGUUGGAAGACCAACGGAGAUCAGGUUCUUCUACAAGCAAGCCGAGGUGGAGAAUUACGUGGUCUACUUCCCCAAUUUCAACCUGACGAUGCGAGAUCCUGGAAACUACGGCGAACUAGCGAUGAUCACUUUACCCAAAUACGUCCAAGCGCGCUUUGUGAUCUUGGGUAUCGUCAGUUACAUGGACACCGCUUGUUUGAAGUUCGAGUUGAUGGGGUGCGAGGAACCCGUGGCGGAACCGUUGUUGGGCUACGAUUAUGGUUUCUCCCCUUGCGUUGACAACGAGCCUCCUGUGUUCCAAAAUUGCCCUCAACAACCGAUAGUGGUGCAGAAGGGAGCCGAUGGCGGGUUGUUGCCCGUGAACUUCACUGAACCAACAGCCAUCGACAACAGCGGUAGCAUCGCGCGUCUGGAAGUAAAGCCUCGUAGUUUCAGGACGCCAUUACGCGUGUUCGAAGAUACCGUGGUUAAAUACGUGGCGUUCGAUUACGACGGGAACGUUGCCAUUUGCGAGAUCAACAUCACCGUUCCUGACGUAACACCACCGAAGCUCAGCUGCCCGCAGAGUUACGUGAUCGAGCUAGUCGACAAGCAGGAGAGUUACACGGUCAAUUUCAACGAGACUCGAAGGCGAAUCAACGCCACUGAUCCUUCUGGUCCAGUGAAGAUCACGUUUGCGCCGGAAAGAGCGGUGAUACCGAUCGGCAGCUUCGAAAAUGUAACGGUUUACGCAACGGACGCGAGCGGCAACAGAGCAUCCUGCCAUUUCCAAGUGUCGGUGCAAGCAACGCCAUGCGUGGACUGGGAGUUGAAACCACCGGCCAACGGAGGACUGAAAUGCGUUCCUGGUGACAAAGGUCAACAGUGCAUAGCAACUUGCAAGAACGGUUUCAGGUUCACCGAUGGUGCUCCCGUAAAGACGUUCACCUGUGACGUCAACAAGCAUUGGACUCCAGCUUCCGUUGUCCCCGACUGUGUCUCUGAAAACACUCAACAGGCAAACUAUCACGUCGUCGCGGCGGUAACUUAUCGCGCUAACGGCGCCGUUUCGAGGUCCUGUCUGCCACAGUACCAGGAUCUGAUGUCUCAAUACUAUAUGGACCUGAAUAAUAUCCUGACUCAACGUUGUUCUGCUGUCAACGUAAACAUGAACGUGUCGUUUGUGAGAUCUGUUCCGUACUUGCUCGAAGAAAACGUCUUGAAGAUGGACUUCGUUCUCGUUGUCGUUCCUGCUGUACGCCAGCCUCAGCUGUACGAUCUUUGUGGCUCGACGUUGAACCUAAUUUUCGAUCUGUCGGUUCCUUCCACUAGCGCAGUUAUAGAGCCCUUGUUGAACGUAUCAUCUAUCGGAAAUCAGUGCCCACCACUUCGGGCUCUGAAGUCGUCUAUCACGCGGGGUUUCACAUGCAGCAUUGGCGAGGUUUUGAACAUGGACACCAACGAUGUACCACGAUGUUUGCAUUGUCCAGCUGGCACAUUCGCCGGAGAAAAGCAAAAGCAGUGCACAUCGUGUCCCAAAGGUUUCUAUCAGAACAGCGAUCGUCAGGGUUCCUGUCUGCGGUGUCCAUUUGGAACAUACACAAGGGAGGAGGGUUCGAAGAGCAUAGACGACUGCAUACCGGUUUGUGGAUACGGUACAUAUUCUCCAACUGGUCUAGUACCGUGUCUGGAGUGUCCUAGGAACAGUUACACCGGCGAGCCACCGAUCGGUGGAUACAAGGACUGUCAGACCUGUCCAGCCGGAACGUUCACCUAUCAACCAGCCGCGCCAGGGCGCGAUCGAUGCAGGGCAAAGUGUUCUCCAGGCAUGUACUCCGACACAGGACUGGCCCCGUGUGCUCAGUGUCCAAAAGACUUCUUCCAGCCGCAACACGGAGCGACGACGUGCGUCGAGUGUCCGACGAAUAUGUACACCGACGGACCAGGCGCGCUUGGUCGCGAAGAGUGCAAGCCGGUGCAGUGUACCGACAGUGUAUGCCAGCAUGGAGGCUUGUGCGUGCCCAUAGGCCACGGUGUUCAGUGUCUGUGCCCUGCCGGAUUCUCAGGAAGGCGUUGUGAAAUCGAUAUCGACGAAUGCGCGUCUCAACCGUGUUACAAUGGCGCCACUUGCAUAGACUUGCCGCAGGGGUAUAGGUGCCAAUGCGCCAAUGGGUACUCCGGAAUCAAUUGCCAAGAAGAAAAGUCCGAUUGCACGAACGACACUUGCCCUGAAAGGGCGAUGUGCAAAGACGAGCCCGGUUUCAGCAACUACACGUGCCUGUGCAGGUCUGGAUACACUGGCGUCGAUUGCGACAUCACUAUAAAUCCUUGCACGGCGAGCGGGAAUCCUUGCAACAACGGCGCGACUUGCGUGGCCCUGCAACAAGGUCGCUACAAAUGCGACUGUGUGCCAGGAUGGGAAGGUCAGAGCUGCGAGAUCAACACCGACGAUUGCGCGGAGAAACCCUGUUUGCUAGGAGCCAACUGCACCGACCUGGUGGCCGACUUCAGCUGCGACUGUCUGCCUGGAUUCACCGGCAAACGAUGCCACGAGAAGAUCGACUUGUGCUCGGGCAAUCCUUGCUUGAACGGUAUCUGCGUGGAUAACUUGUUCAGCCACGAAUGCAUCUGCCAUCCUGGAUGGACUGGCUCAGCUUGCGAGACAAACAUCAACGAAUGCUCCAACAAACCGUGCCGCAACAAUGGCCAAUGCAUCGACCAAGUAGACGGAUUCACUUGCACAUGUGAACCAGGGUACACGGGCAAACAGUGCCAACACACGAUCGACGACUGUUCCUCGGAACCAUGUCAGAACGGAGGAACUUGUUUAGAUCAAUUGGAAGGGUUCGUUUGCAAAUGCAGGCCAGGUUUCGUUGGGCUCCAAUGCGAGGCUGAGCUGGACGAAUGUCUCAGCGAUCCUUGCAGCCCUGUCGGAACGGAUCGUUGCGUUGAUCUUGACAACACGUUCGUGUGCCACUGUCGCGAAGGCUACACUGGCGCUGCGUGCGAGAUCAACAUCGACGAUUGUAGCUCUGGUCCUUGUUUGAACGGAGCUACAUGCAGAGACGAGGUUGGCGGAUUCAAGUGCAUGUGCCCAGAAGGCUGGAACGGUGUUCACUGCGAGAUCGACGUUGGAAUGUGCCAGAACCACCCUUGCCAAAACGACGCUGCGUGCGUUGACUUGUUCAUGGAUUACUUCUGCGUAUGUCCGUCAGGAACCGACGGAAAGCAAUGCGAGACUGCACCGGAGCGUUGCAUCGGUAACCCAUGCAUGCACAAUGGACGUUGCCAAGAUUUUGGCUCGGGACUCAAUUGCACGUGUCCAGAUGACUACACUGGAAUCGGGUGUCAAUACGAGUACGAUGCCUGCCAAGCUGGUGCUUGCAAAAAUGGAGCCACCUGCGUCGACGAUGGUCCUGGAUUCGCUUGCGUUUGUCCGCCUGGAUAUACAGGCAAAACUUGCGAAGAGGACAUAAUCGAUUGCAAAGAGAACUCGUGUCCUCCAUCAGCAACGUGCAUCGAUCUCACUGGCAAAUUCUUCUGCCAAUGUCCGUUCAACUUAACUGGCGACGAUUGUAGAAAAUCAAUCCAAGUGGAUUACGACUUAUACUUCAGCGACCCAGCGCGUAGCAGCGCCGCCCAAGUAAUUCCUUUCUUCACCGGAGGAAGGAAGAGCCUAACCGUAGCUAUGUGGGUACAGUACACCCAAAAAGAUGAGGCUGGAAUAUUCUUCACCCUUUAUGCCGUGAGCUCGCCUCAUGUCCCGAUAAACCGCAGACUCAUGGUCCAAGCACACAGUAACGGUGUCCAAGUAUCCUUGUUCCAUGAUCUGCAAGACGUUUAUCUACCGUUUAGAGAAUACGCGACGAUCAACGACGGUCAGUGGCAUCACGUUGCUGUAGUUUGGAACGGCGAAAAUGGCGGUGAAUUAGUUCUCAUCACAGAAGGAUUAAUUGCCAGUAAAACCGAGGGAUAUGGAAGUGGCAGAUCUCUACCGGCUUAUGCCUGGGCAGUUCUAGGGAAACCACAAAGCGAAAACGCAAAGGGCUACACCGAAUCCGGGUUCCAAGGGCAUCUAACCAAGGUUCAAAUUUGGAGUAGAGCCUUGCACGUGACUAACGAAAUACAGAAACAAGUACGCGACUGUCGCACUGAACCUGUCCUCUACCAAGACUUGGUGUUGACUUGGGCAGGAUACGACGAAACAAUUGGAGGCGUGGAAAGAGUUGUACCAUCCCACUGUGGGCAAAGAGUGUGCCCACCUGGCUAUGGUGGCAGCAAGUGUCAGCAAUUGGAGUCCGACAAGAUUCCACCAAAGGUCGAACACUGUCCAGGCGACCUUUGGGUAAUCGCCAAGAACGGUUCGUCUAUUGUCACAUGGGACGAGCCACGAUUUACCGAUAAUGUCGGCAUAGUGAAGGUUCAAGAGAAAAAUGGACACAAAUCUGGGCAAACAUUGAUGUGGGGUACCUAUGAUAUCAGCUACGUGGCCUACGAUCAGGCUGGUAAUUCUGCUAGUUGCAACUUCAAAGUUUAUGUCCUGUCUGACUUCUGUCCUGAAUUGGCUGAUCCAAUUGGAGGUACUCAACAAUGCAAAGAUUGGGGCUCCGGUGGUCAGUUCAAAGUGUGUGAAAUCUUCUGCAACACUGGUCUCAGGUUCUCUCAAGAGGUGCCUAAAUUCUACACUUGUGGAGCAGAAGGCUUCUGGAGACCAACCAAUGAUCCAUCUCUUCCGUUGGUGUAUCCCGCUUGCACAAGUGCAACAGCAGCUCAGCGUGUAUUCAGAAUUAAAAUGAAUUUCCCCACGUCGGUUCUAUGUAACGAAGCUGGUCAAGGAGUGCUCAAGAAGAAGGUUCGGGAUGCUGUAAAUUCCUUGAACAGGGACUGGAACUUCUGUUCGUAUUCUUACGAAGGAACUCGUGAAUGCAAGGAUCUUAACAUCGACGUACAAUGCGAUCACCGUGUACGCUCCACCAGAGAUACCAACGAAGAAGAUGGCGGAACAUACAUAAUUUCCGCGGUAGUACCAGCUGAACCCGAUCCGAUUUUGAACGCUAACUCGAACGAGAGGGCGACCGUCCAGGCCUUAUUGGAGAGACUGAUCCUGGAGGAAGAUCAAUUCGACGUUCACUACAUCUUGCCGAACACUGUACCUGAUCCAGCAUCACUGAUUCUUGAAUCUGACUAUGACUGCCCAGUGGGACAGGUCGUUAUGGCGCCAGAUUGCGUGCCUUGCGCCGUGGGAACGUACUACGACGAAGAAACGAAGCAGUGCCUGUCCUGCCCAGUGGGAAGCUACCAAAGCGAGUCAGGGCAACUGAAGUGCAGUUCCUGUCCCGUGAUAGCCGGACGCCCUAGCGUGACGGUCGGGCCAGGCGCCAGAAGUGCAGCCGACUGCAAAGAGCGCUGCCCAGCUGGAAAGUAUUACGACGACGUGGCUGGGCUCUGUCGAAGCUGCGGCCACGGUUUCUAUCAGCCCAACGAAGGCAGCUUCUCCUGCUUGCUGUGUGGCCUGGGCAAGACCACCAGGACACCCGAGGCGGUGUCCCGCGAGGAAUGCAGAGACGAAUGCGGCUCUGGGCAGCAGCUGGCCGUCGAAGGCAAGUGCGAGCCUUGCCCACGCGGAAGCUAUCGCACCCAAGGGGUUCAGGCUGCUUGCCAGGCGUGCCCUGUGGGCAGGACGACGCCAAACAUGGGCUCAGCGGCCAUCGAGGAGUGCUCCCUUCCCGUCUGCGAUCCGGGAACUUAUCUGAACGGAACCCUGAACGAAUGCAUGGAGUGCAAGAAGGGAACCUAUCAGUCGGAGCCUCAGCAGACCUUCUGCAUACCCUGUCCACCCAAUACCAGCACCAAAGGAACAUCAGCGACGAACAAAGCUGACUGUACCAACCCAUGCGAAACCAGCGACGCUGAGAUGCACUGCGACGCGAACGCGUACUGUCUGCUGAUACCCGAAACCAGCGACUUCAAGUGCGAGUGCAAGCCAGGUUACAACGGAACUGGUACCGAAUGCACGGACGUCUGCAUGGGCUACUGUGACAACGAGGGGGUGUGCUUGAAGGACUCGCGAGGACAACCAUCGUGUAGAUGCAGCGGUAGCUUCACUGGAAAACGGUGCACUGAGAAAUCCGAGUUCUUCUACAUCACGGGUGGCAUCGCUGGUGGUGUUAUCUUGAUCAUAUUCGUUGUUCUGUUGGUGUGGAUGAUCUGCGUCAGAGCUUCUCGAAAGAAGGAGCCCAAGAAGAUGCUCACUCCAGCGACCGAUCAAAACGGGUCGCAAGUCAACUUCUAUUACGGUGCUCCCACGCCGUACGCGGAGUCCAUAGCACCGUCACAUCACAGCACUUACGCGCACUAUUACGACGACGAAGAGGACGGUUGGGAAAUGCCCAACUUUUACAAUGAGACUUACAUGAAAGAGAGUUUACACAAUGGUAAAAUGAACAGUCUCGCUCGUUCCAACGCCAGUAUAUACGGCACGAAAGACGAUUUGUACGACAGACUGAAGCGUCACGCGUAUCCUGGCAAGAAAGACAAAAGCGACAGUGAUAGCGAGGGCCAGUGACCGCGAAGAGCAUUCGACGUUCUACCAGCGUAGAAUAUAAAAUAAAAACACUGUCGACGUCCCUGACACGCAACAGCAACGGGGAAUGUUGCUCCAUCGUCGAAUCCAAUAAUUAUUUAUUAUUCCCGAGACGAAGAUCGUACCAGUGGCGCGUCUUACGAAGAUUCGCGGACGUUUGUCGAACUGAUACCGAGUCAAACACCGCGGCUAAUCUCCCCGGACUGAUGCUCGGCGAGCACAAUACGAGGGGGCGUGCGUUAAUCGACGGUGAAACAAUCGAGUCCUGGAACGACGAUCAAACCGAUCGUUGUUUCGGCACCCGUCGGUCGAUCAACGAGAGCCACGGAUUAAAACAAAAAAAUGAAAACAUGAAAAGACUACGCGCGAGGUUGUAAUUUUUUGUAAUUUAAUACCACCUAGCCGUUAAGGACUAUUUCUAUUAAUUAACUUCUACGAUUAACGGUGCGAACGAGAGGAACCUGUGUGUGCAUGUAUGUUAAUACGCCUAUACAUAAGCGAAUUUAUAUUUUGUUACUAUAGAUAUGUAUCACACGCUGUAAAAUAAUGUCGCGUAGGCGCGCAAUGACGCAAUGCACCCGAUGAAACGAAAGAAACAUAUAGGAUUUAAAUUUUAUGCCGCGUUCCAGACGUUGCAUGUCGCGAACGUAUGUGUUCUGAUAGAUUUAUUGGUCCACGGACGAAUGGAAAUUAAAUUGGUCGCUCAGGGCCACCGGAGGCGCUGCCCCCCACCAUUGACGUCCGCCAGACCCCCGCUCCGACGCAAUGUAAAAGUGGAAGAUGCGUCUGGCGCGAGUUACUGCCGGAAACGUGACCCUGAGCAGUCGAUUUUUUUACGCAACUAUAGUCAGCAUUUCAGAAGGAAUAAAAAUCAGCAGGAACCAUUCGAGAAUAACGCUAAUGUACAUUCGAGUAUG